GUCCCAACGUCUAUAUUGCUGACGUAUAUAUACACACCGGCAACCAAACUGUAAUUAACCUGAGCUACUGUGGUUUGAAUGCUGCGUUGCGAAAAAAAGAAGAGAAGCAAGGGACAAGUGUUUAUGAUUAUUUCCAGAUUAAUCAGCAACGAUGGCUGUUAGCAGUGGAGUGUCAUUUGUAUUGUCGUCAAUAUUGGUGGUACUGCUGUUUUCUGGCAUGCAGAUGUAUAAAGUUUGGCUCAGCUCAUCACAAUUAGGAACAAUUCUAGGAGGUUGGAUCGGAUCUUUGUUAUUCAUUUGUACAUUGACUGCUGUGGGAAAUCUUGAAAGUUCUGUAUUCGGGAAAUCUUUUCAACAAAAAUUACUCCCAGAAGUGGUCUUCUCACUGACUUUAAGUCUAAUUGCUUCUGCUCUAAUUCACCGUGUGUCUACCACAACAUGUUUAAUAUUUUCUUUGAUUGCACUAUAUUACAUGAAUCGAAUUUCUCAAGAAACUUAUGGUGUAUCUGUACAGAGUACAGUAAUACAAACGAAGAAGCGCAAGUGAAUAUAGAUGUAAGAAAAUAUUGUGUUAUCUUUUUUACUGCAUAUAUCAGAGUUAAAUCAUGUUUUAUGUAAAACUUCCAAUUUAUAAUACAAUAUUAAUUAUAAAA